UGUAUUCCCAGAAGAUAAGUUCUCUCUCUCACUACAUCCGCACGCAAUAUUCAUUGAUUUUCCCAUAAAUAAUCUGUCUCUCCCUCUACUGGAUUUUAAGCCUUUUACUGAAUCUUGAAUAUGGACUCCUGCUACUGGUGGGCAUCCGUACGUGAACUGGAUUUUCCAGAACCAGAGGUUGGUAAUGACACCUCAUCAACAACAACUAUUGAAGUGGGAUUCAAUUUUCAAAUCAUUAAACACUUGGUAAAUCAUCGAGGCAAUCUUUAUGUGGAAGCUCAAGGACUAGAGCUAUUGUUGAUAAAAACAAAACUCGUUCACGUCGAUUUUGCGGCUGCCGAUGAUGAGUUAAAACAACUUCUGCUGUCAGAACUCGCAAUUUAUAGCAUAAGAAAUCAAAACUUUAAAGAACAAAUCGUCGAUGAGUUAAUUUACUAUGCGCGAACCAGAGAUACCAGGGUCCGGGAGAUGAUCUUGGAGCUUCAUUUAAAAAAGUUAUAUUGUAAUGAUGGAGAUGGAAGUUCUUUACAGUUGAUGAAAUUUGAUCCAGUAAGUAUGGAUACAAUCUUAUGGCCGUCAGAGAAGAUAGUCCCGUACAAGAAUGACAAUGACGAGGUCGAGACUUGUACGGUUUGUUUAGAAGAGAUUUCGGCAGGGUCGUUGGUCUCAACACUGACGUGUUCUCAUGUUUUCCACAGCAGUUGCAUUUUCGAAUGGCUAAACAGAAGCGAAAAUUGUCCUAUUUGCCGUUUUGAGUUGAUUGUGCACCCAGUAAGGUUGUCUGUUUUGAGUCUGGUAAAUAAUGUUUAGUAGGUAUCUUUCAUGUGAGAGAAUGACAUAAAUUUUGGUUUUUACUGCCUAAUGAUGUUAUAUAAGAGUAGCGUACCAUGCUUUGUUUUUUCUUUCUUGUUGUUCCUUAAUUUCUUCAUAAGGUGUUCUUGAUGCACAAUU